AACAAAUGAUGAAGUGCGCUUAAAAAAAAAACAAAUCCCACGUUGGAAUAAAUUAAAUUUGGAAAUUUUAGUUCCCAUUUCAGUUUCCGAAUUCGGUUCAUCGAUUUCGAGAGACAACAGCGUUGAAAAUUGAAAAUCAGAGUCUGAUCGAAUCAAAACGAUGUCGUCGCCGGACAUUGUGUCAAUUUUGGAGAACUCCAAGGAACUCGAUCGGUUAAGGAAAGAUCAGGAGGAUGUUCUGUCGGAGAUCAACAAGCUUCACAAGAAGCUUCAAACCACUCCUGAACUGGUUGAGAAGCCUGGAGAUAACUCAUUAGCAAAGCUGAAAUUGUUGUAUACUCAAGCAAAAGAUCUUUCAGACGCGGAAGCAAAUCUUUCCACGAUGUUGAUAAGCCAACUCGAUACCUUGCUUCCUCCGGGACCGCAAGGACAACCACGGAGGAGAUUAGAAGGCAAUGAGCAGAAAAGGAAACGAGUGAAGACUGAGUCAGACAUUUCAAGGUUAACUCCGAGUAUGAGAAAUCAACUUGAGGCUUGUGCCAGUCUUAAGGGUGAACAGGUGGCAGCUAGGGUCACACCACGUAAUGCUGAUAAGGAUGAAUGGUUUGUUGUAAAAGUGAUACAUUUUGAUAAGGAAUUAAAGGAAUUUGAAGUACUUGAUGAGGAACCCGGUGAUGAUGAAGAUAGCAGUGGCCAAAGGCAAUACAAGCUUCCCAUGGGAAAUAUCAUUCCUUUCCCCAAGAGCAAUGAUCCUUCAAGUGCUCAAGAUUUUCCUCCCGGAAAACAUGUUUUGGCAGUCUAUCCAGGAACUACUGCACUUUAUAAAGCAACAGUUGUUCAUGGCCAUCGCAGGCGGAAGACAGAUGAUUAUGUGUUGGAGUUUGAUGAUGACGAAGAAGACGGGUCUCUGCCACAAAGGACAGUGCCAUUCCACAAAGUGGUUCCUCUACCAGAAGGACAUCGUCAAUAAAUUACAAGUAAUAUUUAGCUGUGUAUAGAAUAGAAAUAGCAUACUGUAUUGUUGUUGGCUGUGUAAUAUGUUCAAUGUAUGUCAUUUGUUAAGUUAGUAGCACGAAGGACAUUGCAGUCUAAUUUUAUGCACGCACGAAUCACAUUAGUUUAGUUUAAUAUUGGGAAUCACAUUUUUGGUAUUGUUCUUUUUUUUUAUGGAUAAAAGUCCAAGGUUUGUUUAGUGAUAACCAAUGUUGUAAUCUUUUCUCCAGUCUCCGGUAUGAAAGUUAUGCUGAAAAAUUAGCCGUAA